GCAAGACAUAAGAAACAAAAAUGGAAUCUGAGAACAAUAAUAUACGAAAAAAUGUUAACAGAUCUGGACCUCGAGCACAGAGACGCCACCAAACAGAUGGAAACGCUGGAAAUUGCAGAGGAAGUAGAUGUUUGGUGUUGAUCACAGUGUGUUUCCAGAUUAUUUGUGUUCUUCUGCUGAUCAACAACAUACUGCUGCACAUCACCAUCAGAGCAGAGAGAGAACUGAUGAAGAGUUACGAGAGCACAGUUGAAGAGUUACAGAACAAUUACACUGAUCUACUGAAUGAAAAAAUACAGCUCCACUUCAGCUCUUUGAAUCAGAAGAACACAGAGCUGAAGACCAGAGUCAACAAUCUUACUGAAGAGAAAAACCUGUUAAAGACAGAUUUUGAAAAGGUGGGCUCAGUUAGUUUUUUCCUAUCCACUGAGUUGAAGAGCUGGUCUGACAGCAGACAGUACUGCAGGGAUCGUGGAGCUGAUCUGGUCAUUAUCAAGAGUGAAGAGAAGCAGAGGUUGAUAACUUCAUUAAUCAAAGAUAGAGUGUGGAUUGGUUUGUCUGACACAGAGCAGGAGGGCAUCAUGAAAUGGGUGGAUAAUUCAACACUGAAUAAAGGGUUUUGGUACAAAGAAGAGCCGAAUGACCGAGGUGGAAAUGAGGACUGUAUUGCGCUGUUGCCUGAACAAGCUGCACAGGACAACUGGAAUGAUUACCCUUGCUCAUCGAGGAGAAAAGGUGUUUGUGAGAAAUAA